AUGUCCGUCCAAAGCCGUCGAAGUAACGCGCGUCUUCCUCCUGAAGUAAAUCGUGUGUUAUACGUCCGUAAUCUUCCGUUCAAGAUUUCAUCUGAAGAACUCUAUGACAUUUUUGGCAAGUACGGAGCGAUACGACAGAUUCGUAUGGGCGUUAAUAAUGACACCCGAGGGACAGCAUUUGUUGUCUAUGAAGACAUUUACGAUGCUAAGAACGCAGUGGACCAUUUAUCAGGUUUCAAUGUCUGUGGACGGUAUCUUAUUGUUCUUUAUUACCAGGCUAAUAAGAUGCAACAACGGAAGAGUGCGGCCGUUGACUUUGACAAGCAAAAGCAGGAAUUGCAGGACCUGAAGGCCAAGUACGACGUUGAGUAG